UGCCUUAGCCACUACUGGAUAACAGAGUAAAGAUGAGCACAACAACAACCACAAAUCUUCCUCAUCAUCUCAAACCCGAAGACAUCUCAACAGAGAGCACAUCCGCCUCCAAGCUCUCCCAGAAAACAAUCCUAAACCUUCUAAACACAAAAUGCAACACUUCUUUACAGUGUCUCAAGCUAGCCCAUUGCCUUGCACUCAGGACUGGCCACUUUCAAGACCAUUAUGUUGCUGGCACCUUGGUAAAGUGCUAUGCAAAUCCUCAUUUCAACAACUUUGGCUUUGCAUUAAAGGUCUUUGAUCAUGUCCUGAAUCCCAAUGUUUUUGUCUGGAAUAUUGUGAUCAGAGGGUGCUUAGAGAACAAUGAGCCAUCUAAGGCUAUUUCAUUAUAUCAUAUGAUGGUGGCAGCAAAUUCUAGGCCAAACAAGUUUACGUAUCCUCCUUUGUUCAAGGCUUGCACUAUUACUCAUGUCAUUGAAGAAGGAUUGCAAUUUCAUGCACAUGUAGUGAAACAUGGGCUAAGCAGAGAUGGACACAUAAAAAGUGCUGGAAUUCAAAUGUAUGCGUCCUUUGGACGUGUGAGGGAGGCACGUCGAAUGCUUGAUGGGGAGGGAGUCUCAAAUAUUAUAUGCUGGAACACGAUGGUUGAUGGAUACUUGAAAUGUGGAGACGUGGAAGCUGCUAAAGAAUUAUUUGAGUGUAUGCCGGAUAAAAAUAUUGGCUCUUGGAAUGCAAUGAUAAGUGGUUUGGCUAAAUGUGGGAUGAUUGAAGAGGCUAGGAAAUUGUUUAAUGAAAUGGACAAAAGGGAUGAAAUAUCUUGGAGUGCUAUCAUAGAUGGUUAUAUAAAAGGAGGUUAUUACAAGGAGGCAUUGGAAGUUUUCAAUGAAAUGCAAAGGGAAGAUAUUAGGCCAAGAAAAUUUAUCUUGUCGAGUGUGCUAGCUGCAUGUGCCAAUGUGGGGGCGCUUGAUCAAGGAAGGUGGAUUCAUACUUAUGUUAAGAAGAAUUCCAUGCGCAUGGAUGCUGUUUUAGGGACUGCUUUGGUGGAUUUGUAUGCCAAAUGUGGGCGUCUUGACAUGGCAUGGGAGGUUUUUGAGAAGAUGAUAGAGAAAGAAGUCUAUACUUGGAAUGCCAUGAUAGGAGGGCUUGCCAUGCAUGGCCGAGCAGAGGAUGCAAUUGGGUUAUUCUCCAAGAUGCAAAGGGAAAAAUUGAAGCCCAAUGAAAUAACUUUUGUGGGUGUUUUAAAUGCUUGUGCUCAUUCCGGUAUGGUUGAUGAAGGUUUAGCAAUUUUGGAUUCUAUGAAGAAUGUUUAUGGUAUUGAACCUGAGAUGGAGCAUUACGGGUGUGUGGUUGAUCUCCUAGGAAGGGCAGGGCUCUUGAAAGAGGCAGAGGAGCUCAUAAGUUCAAUGCCCAUGGAGCCCAAUGCAGCUGUUUUGGGAGCCCUCAUGGGUGCUUGUAGAAUACAUGGACAUGUUGAAUUAGGUGAAAGAGUAGGGAAGGUAUUGCUUGAAUUGGAACCGAAAAAUAGUGGUCGUUAUGCAUUAUUGUCAAACAUCUAUGCAGAGGCUGGAAGAUGGAAUGAUGUUGAGAAAGUAAGAAGACUGAUGAAGGAAAGAGGGAUAAAGACUACAGCUGGGAGUAGCAUGAUUGAUGUAGGUGGCAUUGUUCAUAGGUUCAAAAUGGCUGAUAGUUCACAUUCACAAAAGAAGGAAAUCUACUUGAUGCUGGACAGGAUCUUUGAGAGGCUUCAUAUGGAAGGUUAUUCACCAAAAACCUCCCAAGUUUUGUUUGACAUCAAAGAAGAGGAGAAGGAAACUACACUUCGAUACCACAGUGAGAAGCUUGCAAUUGCUUUUGGACUGCUUAGCACAGCACCGGGAACAGCCAUCCGAAUUGUGAAUAAUUUGAGGGUGUGCGACGACUGCCAUUCUGCCACAAAGAUCAUUUCAGAAGUUUACAACCGAGAGAUAAUUGUGAGGGACCGUGUUCGUUAUCAUCAUUUCAAAAAUGGAAAAUGUUCCUGCAAGGAUUAUUGGUAAGGUCUCCUUAAGAAAAAUGGUGUCCAAUGUCUAUUUGGUGAGAAAGUAGAAACAACAGGACUGAGUGAUUGGAAUUUUGAUUCAAACUCCAAAGAAUGAAACGAAGCCAAUGGUUUCAAAUGGAGAAGGCAUACUUUAAGUUUGAAAAAGAGAAGUUUUGUUCAAGUCUGACUACCUGCGAAACUCGAUGAACACCAUACAUUUGGAGAGGAAAUGCCAAUAUAGCAUUGUUUGCCUGUGCAGAACAACAUGAGAAAUCUUCUGUAAGACAAGGUUUUUGUUGUAAGAAACUAGUUGAGCAUUCCUGGUUUUAAUAUAUACAAAGAUGAGCAGAUUUAUUUAA